AUAAAGCGCUGCAGUCUGGCAUGUGCGCUGGAAAUGGCUUCAUCACUUCGUCCCACGAUAAACAAGCUGUGUAAACAGCUCCAACUAAUCAAUUUAAGUUCUUCACCGGUGUCAAAAGUAAGACUGAGUGCAUGUGGCUUUACAGUACCGAACAGGACCAAAUAUUCGGCGUCAAAGAAAAACUUCAUUGCUCGAACUAAAAUUCAGUCACUCGCAUUAGAAGAUAACUUCGACGAGGAAGGCACUGUGUUAGAGGAGGCAGAAGAUCAUCUUCUUGAACAUGGAAUCGGGUCUGGUCUUAGUAAUACGGACAGACAACUUCGAAAGGACAGAUAUCGUCUCAAGAUGGCAAUAAUUAGGAGGAAAUAUUUCAAGCCUGAACAGGAAACAUCCUUACUGACAUGGGAAGCCAAAGAACAGAUCCGCUUUCUUCAUCAGCAUACGCCUGAUAUCUGGACAGUGAAGAAACUCGCUGAGAGCUAUCCUUGCAGUGAAAGUGGAAUUGAGAAAAUCCUAGAAUCAACAUAUCGGCCAAGGAAUGAGGCAGAGAUAGAGCAUCACAAUAGGAGGACGAGGAAAAACUGGCUAGCACUACAGUCCUUACUCAAAGACAAGGGACGUUCAGAAGCUGUGUCAAAAUUCCAACACGUGUUGGAUGAAAACAAACUUCCACUGAUGAUAAAUGCUGGUGGAAUCAACGGGUUACCAUCACCUGCCAGCAAAUCAAAACAGGGGAACCCAGAUAAAUCUGAGCAUGUUGGUAAAUUUGAGUCCAUUAUUAAAAGUUAUAAGGAAAAAACUUUGGUGAAGACUGCUGGUAAUGAUGUCAAUCAGAAAUUACUUCAGAGUCCUAGUGAUGAAAAACUGUUGCUUUCCAUUGUGAACUUUGAUAUGGCGAAAAGUGGUAGUGUUGAAACUACAGCUGUGUCUUGCAGACCUGUAGAAACAGACACAUUCAGGUAUGGCGCCUCAAGCAGAAAUGCAGAUAAAAAUUUGCAGCAACAUGCUACACUUAAAAAAGGGAGAACAAGUAAUGGAUGGACAGGAUAAUGUUAUUUUCCUAAGAAACAUUAUUUAAAGGUUCAGGCACAUACAUGUAUAGCCACAAGUGACAGUGUAGAAACAAAAUUGUCUUGAGGUCACAUUUGCCUUUCAUCAUCAUAUCAGAAAUAGUUUCACAUAGACCACAUCGUACAAUUUGAAUCAGAGAUUUUGCUUCUUGGAACACCUCAGGUGUGCCCAUUAAGUUGUGUUAUGCAUAGAAAAUAUUUUUGAACCAUGGUAUCAGUUCAGUUUAAAAAGACUUGUAAA